GGCGUUGCCUCAAUGAUGCAGAACAAGGUGUAUGACAUCUGUGAUGAAGGUCACAGUGGCGUAAACCAGCUUGGUGGUGUGUUUGUUAAUGGUAGACCGCUGCCGGAUUCCACCAGGCAGAAAAUAGUUGAACUCGCUCACAGUGGUGCUCGACCCUGCGACAUCUCCAGGAUACUGCAGACCCAUGAUGAAGUCCAAGUGCUGGACAGUGAAAAGGUAUCCAACGGCUGUGUGAGCAAGAUCCUGGGCCGGUAUUAUGAAACUGGCUCCAUAAGACCGAGAGCAAUAGGCGGCAGCAAGCCCAGGGUUGCCACUCCGGAGGUGGUCGCGAAAAUCGCUCAGUACAAGCGGGAGUGUCCGUCUAUCUUCGCGUGGGAGAUCCGUGACAGACUGCUGUCGGAGGGGGUCUGCACCAACGACAAUAUACCCAGUGUGUCAUCGAUAAACAGAGUCCUCCGCAACCUGGCUAGUGAAAAGCAACAGAUGGGCGCAGAUGGCAUGUAUGACAAGCUGAGGAUGCUCAACGGUCAGACAGGAACUUGGGGGACCCGGCCCGGCUGGUACCCCGGGACAUCAGUGCCAGGGCAGCCCAGCCAAGAUGGCUGCCAACAACAAGACGGCGCAGGAGAAAACACAAACUCCAUCAGCUCGAAUGGGGAGGAUUCAGAGGAGACACAGAUGCGACUGCAGCUCAAGAGGAAGCUACAGAGAAACCGCACGUCCUUCACACAGGAGCAGAUUGAAGCACUGGAAAAAGAAUUUGAAAGAACUCAUUAUCCAGAUGUUUUCGCGCGAGAGAGACUAGCAGCGAAAAUCGACCUGCCAGAAGCAAGAAUACAAGUAUGGUUCUCAAACAGAAGAGCGAAGUGGAGGCGAGAGGAGAAGCUGCGGAACCAGCGCCGCCAGGCCAACAACUCCUCCAGUCACAUCCCCAUCAGCAGCAGCUUCAGCACCAGCGUCUACCAAGCCAUCCCACAACCCACCACACCGGUGUCCUUCACCUCGGGGUCAAUGCUGGGUAGACCGGACUCUUCUCUGGCAAACACCUACAGCGCGCUGCCCCCCAUGCCAAGCUUCACCAUGUCAAACAAUCUACCUAUGCAACCCAGCCAGACCUCCUCUUAUUCCUGCAUGCUGCCUACCAGUCCGCCUGUGAAUGGGCGGAGCUACGACACAUACACGCCCCCUCAUAUGCAGGCACAUAUGAACAGCCAAUCAAUGACCACUUCUGGUACCACCUCAACAGGACUCAUCUCUCCUGGAGUUUCUGUCCCUGUCCAAGUCCCAGGGAACGAGCCUGACAUGUCUCAGUACUGGUCAAGACUACAGUAG